AUGACUACAACAAUGAGCGAAGAAUUAAUUUUUUGUCCCGGUUUGGACGCAUCAUUUACAAAACCAUCCGUCAUAUAUGAAACCGUUUCUGUGAAAAAACCAGAAAUGCAAAAAGAAAAAAAAGAUUAUCAAAAGAAAAAAAUGAAAACAACAACAACAACCCAACCGGGGAUGGGGAUUUUCGAAUUUCAAACGAAAAUUGUUUGGUUUAAUGCCAUCGGGUUUCUACUCAUGCAUUUGGCUGGAUUUUAUGGCAUAUCGUUAAGCCUUUGGGAUAUGACAAAAGGACGAUUUCUAACCUUUGGAUGGAUGUUUUUUUUAGUUUUCCUCGGUGGAGAAGGUAUAACCGUCGGUGCUCACAGAUUAUGGAGUCAUAGAUCAUUCAAAGCUACAAAACCACUGCAAAUCAUAUUGAUCAUAAUGCAAACUUUGGCAGGACAGAAUUGUUGUUACAUAUGGGCAAGAGAUCACAGGCAACAUCACAAAUACAGUGACACGGAUGCAGAUCCACACAAUGCAAGCAGAGGAUUUUUUUUUUCACACAUUGGAUGGUUGAUGAUGAAAAAACAUCCCGAAGUUAUUAGAAAAGGAAAAGGAGUUGAUAUGUCGGAUUUAGAAGCCAAUCCCAUAAUCAUGUUUCAAAAAAAAUAUUACAAAUCCUUAUAUUUUAUAAUUGCUAUGAUUAUCCCGGUGUUUGUACCUGUUUAUUUUUGGAACGAACCAUUUUGGAAAUCGGUUUUCGUCAAUUAUUUCGGUCGUUACAUUUUACUUUUAAACAUAACAUGGAGUGUUAAUAGCGUGGCACACAUGUUUGGAACAAAACCAUACGACAAAAAUAUAUUACCGGUCGAAAGUACUUUCGUUUCGUUUAUCGGAUUGGGAGAAGGUUGGCAUAAUUACCAUCACGUUUUCCCGUGGGAUUACAAAGCGUCAGAAUUUGGAAUGCCGUUAAAUUUCACCGCUCAUUUAAUUGAAUUUUUGGCUAAGGUGGGAUUGGCUUACGAUUUGAAAGAAGUCACGGAAAACGUUAUGGAAAAUAGAAUAAAAAGAUCCGGGGAUGGAAGUCAUCCGGUUUACGGUCUGUUAAAAGACAUUUCAACCGAUUUUAGAGAAAACGAAUGUGAAAAAAAUUACGAAUCGGAAAAUUUGGGUAAUGAAAUUGACGCGGAAAAGGAUUCGUCGGUUAAAAAACAAUCGUAG